GUUUGAAUUGUACGCUACUGCUCAAAACUGGGACAAGAUCACUGAAUGGGAUACAAAUUUAGGGGCUCUUUUGGAGGGAGAGGCAUUAUUCGAGUAUUCUACUUUGUCGCUUGAAGAUGCCUCUCACUAUGACAAGGUUAAGAGAGCAGUGUUGGCUGCUUACCAUCUUACAGGCGAAGGAUUUCGACAGAAAUUUAGAAAUAUUAGACCAAUACAAAAUGAAACUGGAACUAAAUUUGUCACAAGGCUCGACAAUUAUUUACAAAGAUGGUUAAAGAUAGAACAGGUAAAUGAUUUUAAACAAUUACAGGAUAUCAUACUUCGGGAACAAUUCGUACAGUGUUGCACUAAAGAUCAUGCUACUUUUUUGAAAGAGAGAAAGCCUACUAGCAUCAAAGAGAUGGCUAAAUAUGCCGAUAGAUAUGUGGAAGCGCAUGGGGGUUGGCAUCCAGGGCAUUUUAAAGGUACAAGUUUUAAGGCCAAAUCUCACAGUCAUCAGAAAGGUGUAGAUAAGCCCAAGCCACCGCAGAGUGAUAAGGCAACACCGUCAAAAAGCUAUGUGAACCAGAACAAAGGUAACUAUAACUGUUAUAUAUGUAACAAACGAGGUCACUUUGCACGAGAUUGUAGACAGAAGAAAACCUAUGCUUUUCUAGCAGAGAUGAUGAACAAACACGAAGAUAAUCCCAUUUCAGAUAAGACAAAAGAUGAUAUUGGUGGGUUUCUAAUGAUAAAACCUGACCCACACCUAGAUCAAGCAUUUCGAAAAGGUUUUCUCACCUUAGAUUGUGGACACCAAUUGCCUGUGUUAUCAGCUGCUUGCAACAGCUCUUAUGCACAGGCAAUGCCAGUCCAGGAAGGUAAGAUAGGCACUAGUGUUAUCCAAGUAUUGCGCGACAGUGGCUGUAGCGGUGUAGUGGUUAAAUCUAAAUAUGUGGAGAAAAAUCAAAUGACUGGAGAGAUUAAAUCCUGUGUGUUAAUUGAUGGUACAGUAAAACAAUUUCCAGUUGCUCGUAUACAUAUAGAUACACCAUUUUUUGUAGGUUUUGUUUCAGCACUGUGUAUGGAUAACCCAGUGUAUGAUUUAAUCCUUGGAAACAUACCUGGCAUGCGAGAACCUAUGGAUCCAGAUGCAAACUGGGAGGGUUCCCAGAGACUAGAGCAGGUUCAAAAGGGCAAGUCAGAAUGUGACUCUGAAACCGAAACCGAAACCGAAACCCAGACUGCAGCUGCCGUGCAGACGCGCAGCCAGAAGGAAUGGGUUAAGAAACCAUUGCAGGAACUUAAGGUAAGUUCUCAGAUAGGUGAAGUGACUCCAGAGAUGUUACGGAAAAAGCAACAGACAGAUGUCUCGUUGGCCAAACUGCAUCAAUUGGCUAAAGCAGGAGAAGCAAAGGUAAGUAAAAAUGGAAGUGCUUGUAGGUACAUCACCGUAAAGGGAAUAUUGUACAGAGAGUACCAGUCCCCACAAAUCGAUUUUGGGAAUACAUUCCGACAGAUUGUGGUACCCAACGAUUAUCGUAAAUAUGUAUUGAAGGUAGCUCAUGAGUCAAUUUUAGGAGGUCAUUUAGGGGCCAAGAAAACAUCUAGUAAAAUCUUGACAAAUUUCUUCUGGCCAGGCAUACAAGCAGAUGUCAAGAUAUAUUGUCAGUCCUGUGACAUAUGCCAAUGUACCAUUCCUAAAGGUAGAGUAACAAAAGUCCCCUUAGGUCAUAUUCCUAUUAUUGAAGAACCAUUUAGGAGAGUCGCAGUGGAUUUGGUCGGACCAAUUGAACCUGCCACUGAUAGGGGUCAUAGAUACAUUUUGGUCUUGGUCGAUUUUGCAACCCGUUACCCAGAUGCUGAGGCAUUGAAAACAAUUGGGACUGAAGUAGUUGCGGAAGCAUUGUUAGAGAAAUUCAAUGGAACCCUUAAAGCUAUGCUCAAGAAAAUGUGCGAAGAAAGACCGAAAGACUGGGACCGAUAUAUUCAUCCACUUUUAUUUGCAUAUAGAGAAGUCCCUCAAGAAAGCACAGGGUUUGCCCCAUUUGAACUUAUAUUUGGGCACAUUGUUCGUGGUCCAAUGAUGAUACUCGAAGAGUUAUGGACUGGUGAAACACAGGCAAGUGAAACCAAGAGUGUAUAUCAGUAUGUGUUGGACUUGAGAGAACGUUUGGAGCGAACCUGCCAGCUUGCUCGAGAGGCUUUGGCAAAAUCUGCCUCGCGAUAUCGAUCUUAUUAUAAUAAGAAGGCAAAGAAAGUAAGUAGCCUAAACUACAAAAUAGACUUGGGUCACACCCGCAAAAUCUUUCACGCUAAUUUGCUCAAGAAGUAUCAUCAUCGAUCAGAAGUUACUGCAUCCUUAGUCGAGUAUCGUGGUGAUAUUUAUGACGUGGCUUGUGUAUCUGUAGUUGAGGAAGAAUGUCAGGAAGAA